AUGUCCGCCUUUUCGUCGAAUGAGGCUCUGUGGAGCCAGGUGCCCAAGGCACCUAGCGAUGCGAUUCUCGCGCUGACCGUCAACUACAAGAACGAUCCAUCAGAGACCAAGGCCAACCUGGGUGUCGGUGCGUACCGUGAUGAGAACGGUGAGCCAUGGGUCCUGCCGGCCGUCCGGCGGGCCACGGAAGAGCUGCUGCGCGACCCGAAGCUGAACCACGAGUACCUGCCCAUCACGGGCUAUGCGCCCUUCACGGCGGCCGCGGCCAAGCUCAUGUUUGGCGACGACGCUCCUGUAGUGAAGGAGGCGCGCAUUGCCACGAACCAGACCAUCAGCGGCUCGGGCGCCGUGCAUCUCGGUGCCGUGUUUCUGCACGACUUUUACCCGUUCCCGAAGGACAAGACGGUGUACGUCUCGGACCCGACGUGGCCCAACCACUUUGCGAUUCUCAAGGCGGCUGGUCUGUCGACGCAGACGUACACGUACUAUGACUCGAGCAGCCGCUCGCUCCAUUUCGAGGGUAUGUACCGGGACCUCGCUAGCCUCGAGGACGGCUCCGUGGUGCUGCUGCACGCAUGCGCCCACAACCCAACAGGUGUGGAUCCUACCGAAGAGCAGUGGAAGAAGCUCGCCGACCUGUUUGCCGAGAAGAAGCUCUUUGCCUUCUUUGACUCGGCGUACCAGGGCUUUGCCUCGGGCGACCCGGCCAAGGAUGCGUUUUCCGUGCGCCUCUUUGCCGAGCGCGGAAUCUCGCUGCUCGUCGCCGAGAGCUUUGCCAAGAAUGCCGGUCUGUAUGGCGAGCGCAUCGGUGCGCUGCACAUCGCGACGGCCUCGUCCGCGCAGGCGGAGGCGGUGCUGUCGCAGCUCAACACGAUCGUGCGUCGUGAGAACAGCACGAUGCCCGCGUUUGGUGCACGCAUCGUGACCAAGAUCCUGACCGAGCCGGAGCUGCGCGCCGAGUGGGAUCGCGACAUCAAGACCAUGUCUCGGCGCAUUAUUUCGAUGCGCGAGCAGCUGUACGACCUGCUGACGAACAAGUUCCACACACCCGGCUCGUGGGAGCACAUCAAGACGCAGACCGGCAUGUUUUCGUACCUCGGCCUGGACGAGGCCCAGUGCGACCGCCUCAUCCGCGAGGGCCACAUCUAUCUCAUGCGGACGGGCCGGGUGAGCAUGUCGGGCUUCAACUCCCGUAACGUGGAGUACAUUGCCAGUUGGAUCGACAAGGUCGUCCGUGAGCGCUCCUAG